AUGUCAAAGAACGAUCCCCUCAGCCUCUUACGAGAGUUCACCAUCGCCAAGCGGGAGCCUUCUCUGGUCGAUGCCUCAGGAGCAACAGUCCAGGAGCUCACAGAUGCCACCAGCGUGGUCUUUGACGAUGGAACCAAGCAGUUCAAGUUUGCAAGAAGCACCCCCACCAACUACAGACGCGGAGCCUCUGAUGAAUUCUACACCCUCGAAACACUCCUCUUCCUUCUCCAGAGGUCCACCCAGAGUGUUGCCGAAUAUUCGUUGGAGGGUGCUCAAAAGAUGAUCCCGACCGUUUCGAUCCUGGACAAGAGAUUGGUACUCGACUAUCUUCAGGGAGCCACAGCACAUUCUGCCAACAUUGUAUACCAGACCGAGUCGAAUAAGCGAGCAGGAGACGACGUCGUGGAUAGCAACCAGGAUUCAGGAGCAAAGAAACCAAAGACUACGACACACUCAGCACCAGGAAACGAUAGCGAGGUCUUGAGCCUCAUCAUGUCAAAGGAGCGAUUGGCCAAGACAACCGCAAGUGUUUUGCGUGGCAGCAAGUCAUUCGCCAACAUUCAAAAGAACGGGAGUGAGAUUCUCAUGGGCAAAGGAAAGGACGACAAGGGAAUCAAGAAACCAGAUCCAAGACAACCAGGAGCCGCACCCCCAGCGUCUUCAACGGCACGGCCUGGAGCAUCAUCAUCUUCCCAAACCCCUCGACCUUCAGCAAACCCCUCUCAGGCUCCGAGUCGGAUGCCUAUCAUCAUUGUUCCUGCAGCUGUCACAUCUAUGAUCACCAUGUACAACGUCAAGCAGCUUCUGGAAGGACAAGAGUUCGCUGACAGUGGAGAUAUUCGCAACAAGGGAGAAUCCAAGCCCAAUCGGCUCAAGAUCCACCGUCGCAUGAAGCCAAACGAGACAACGAAGGUGCCAUACGAAGUUAUCGACAACACAGAUAUCCUUAGACCGGAAGACUGGGAUCGUGUUGUGUGUGUGUUUACGACGGGAGCAGAGUGGCAGUUCAAGAAGUUCAAGUGGCAGAAGCCCGUCGAGCUGUUUGCUCAAGUCAAGGGAUUCUAUACCAAGUGGACCGAUGAGCAGCCAAAAGAGACUAUCAAGACCUGGAACGUCGAAAUUCUCAGCUUGAACCGUCACCGUCGACACGCAGAUCGGGCUGUUGUCACAGAGUUUUGGGACAAGUUGCAGGGAUGGUGUCUCGCCAACAAGCCCUUCCUCACCUGCUAA